AUGUCAAAAAAAUAUUGUGUUCGAAACCUAUCGAUAUUUGAAAAUAACUCAUCGUCUUUGAAAAUCAAUAUUAGUUUUUACUUGAAUGAACAACAGCGUAUUGAUCUUAAUGAACUGGUCUCUCAAAUAAAAUCUAUACAAUUUAAUGAUGGUCUUUCAAAUGAUUGUAUUAAUUCUUUAUUGAUUGAAUUUAUUCAAUUAUUCUCAAAAUAUUUAGCAUUAAAUAUUGAUAUUUCAAUCGCUACUAACCAGGAGGAUUCUUUCGAUAUGAGUUCUUAUUCAUUUCCUAGUUGUUUUCAAAAUCAAAUAAUAGAACUAAUUACUAAUUCUUUACAAUUUUUACCUGCUGAUUCUGUUCUUAUAUUCGCAUUUGAUACAUGUGUUCCAUCCCGUUUAUUGUUGGUAAAUCAUCGAACUCGUGGAUGGGAAUUACCCGGAGGAAAAUUAGAACCGAAUGAAACCGAAAUCGAUGCUAUCAUCAGAGAAAUACGUGAGGAAGCUGCAACUGAAUUAGUUUUCAAUUCUAUCAAACAAAUUGUACAAUAUCGCUUUUUUGAAAAUCAUCAAGGAAAAAUUCAUAGAAGAACGGUUUUCGUUGGAAUUAUUGAUUCUAUAUCAGACACUCUAUUAUGUAUGGAUACGUUAGCAAAAAAAUGUAUUUUACCUUCAAAAUGGACAGAUGAAGACAUUUUCGAUCCAGUUCUUAAUUAUAGCCAAUAUUUGAAGGAUAACGUUUAUACAAUUUGUCUCAAAUUAGCCAUAACAAGAAUUAUGGUCGAUCAAUAA